AUGGUGAGUGAUAAAACGAAAAUUAAAAAAGUUUUGAAAAAGAUAAUGAGAUGAAGCAAAAACUUGGUUUUUCCUAUAAAUCAAGUCGAGCUCGAAGUGCUUUGAAAAGACAAAAUAGUCGAACUUAUGAAAUCUCAAGGGUUAGAAUCUGAUCUCGACAGUGAAAUUUUUCAGUCAAUAAAAGCAGGAUCUUUAGAUAACCUGUCACAGCUAAAUGCUGAAAGUAUAAACUUAUUGCUUUCUAAACAGUCUGAAGAGCUCGUUUUAAAAUCUAGUAGUGAAAUUGAUGCCCAGAGGAUAUCCUCUUCUAUACUAUUUCUAGACACACUUGAAAAUCUCACGUUUCAAAACAAAAAUUCUAUAUCAAACUCUUUAGAUUUUUAUUAUCCUCCUAACCAUUCUGCACGGCCAUUUGUCAAGCUAGAAGAAAUUCUUAAUAAAUUAGAAUUUUUAAUGAUAGACUUAGGAAAACAAAAACAGCCCCAAGUUUUCAAAAUUCUUGAAAAAAAUAUUUCAUCAGCAUUGGAAAACUCAAAAGAAGCAAUAGGAAAGAUUUUUAUUGACUGUGAAGGACUUACUGCUAAAGAAACACAUUUUAGAGUAGGAGAAAUAACUGAAUAUCAGCUUGGAGCUAUUAAACAAAUAUCUUCAAAAGUCGGGAAAAUCCCUGAUGCGCUUAUAAAAGAUUGCCAAGAAAAAUUAAAGGUUUUUGUAGAAAAUCAAUGGAAUAAUUUUUUGGAGUCAUAUAUUUUUUAUUAUUUAUUUUUUAAAUAAAGCUUCAUAAUCUAUAUAUUUGGAAUUAAGAAAAUGUGCAGACUCUGUAUGUAAAAUAAAUUUUAGCAUUUUGAUUUUAUUAAAAAAAUAGCAUAAUAUUAUAUAAGACAAUUGGAAAACAAUUUCGAAAUUUUUUGCCAGACAGGAAUUCAGGACUUAAAAAGUGGGGCUAUAAGGCUAUUUGACAAUUCAAGAUGCAGCCAGGAAUCAAGAAUUCAUAUGGGGCAUAUAGUAAUUUUAGCUAAUCCUAGCAGUUUAGAAGAGACUAGAAAUACUCUAGAUACAGUUUUGAUGUUUUUAAAUAUCCCACCUGAAGCUUUUCGCCAAAUUAAUGCUAUUGACAGAAAUUCAGAUCCUGAAAUUUUCGCUGAAAGGUGGCUAGCCUCAACUGAUCCUUCAGCAAGGUUAUUUACAAUUAUAAGCCUUUUAUUGAUUUUUUCAAACACUUAUAAAGCGAUUUUACCUGGGUAUGAUUCAUCAUAUAAUGACCUAUAUCCAAGUAUCAAUAGAGAAUGGCUUCGAAGAAUCGUUCACAUUUCUUUCCAAAACAAAUAUGAAGAAAUCCUUGGCAAAUCUAGCUUAAAAACUGAGUGAACACUAAUUUUAGCAGCAGAACAAGUGAUAGCCCAGCAUCUUCCAAGCGCCCAGCACAACUAUUGAAGAUUUAAUCACGAGCUAUUAUCAUGCCUUGCACAAAUUUCAUUCAUACUAGCUCCAUUUUGGCACAUUUAAAUAUAAUUAUUUAAACCUCAGUCGCCAAAAUGAACUGGGUCAUGAAGAAUCACCAGAAAUUUAUGCAAGGCAUGAUAGAUGUCCGUGAAGAUGCUCAAAAAGUCAUAAACGAUUUAAACUCUUCUGAAUACAAAAACCCUGAAUUAGAAAGAAUAGGUGAAGAAUAUAAAGAAGAAAUCAAUGAGAGCUCCUUUUCUAGAAAAGCUUAUACAUCUGCUCUUAGCAUUUAUCAAAAAAUUAUUGACAAAAAUAAAGGGAUAAAUGGAGAAUUAAAAGAUUAUGCAUUUGAAUGUAUCAAUAUAAAUUCAUCGUUGCACGUCACUAUUGCAAUUUCUGGCUGACUAUCACAGGGUGAUGAAAUGAACAUUGCGUGGCAGCUACUAUCAGAUGCCCCAGGACAAAGGCAAACUUAUGCUUUGAGAUGGGACUCGAAAACAAAAAAUGAUUUAUACUCUUUUAGAGUAUAUGAAAAAAAAUAUAUAUUAUUAGUCAGAUUUUUUCAGUAUUAUUUAUCAUAAGCAUAGUCAAAAAGGAUUUUCCUUCUUUAAUAGCCAAAGUUGUAGGAUAUGCUAUGUUUCCUACACAGAUGUUUUUACCAUUAGUACAAGCAUUAAAAAACCACUCAUUCAAACAGUCUGCAAAACAAGCGGAAAUCACUGGGAUUAUUUUAGCUCAUUUUAUUGCAAAUAAGGUAUUUGGAAAUGCUUGCAUUUCUUUAAUUGGGUUUUCAUUAGGAACGAGAGUGAUUUAUUCAUGCUUAUUAGAAUUAGCCAAAAUGAAUUUAAAAAUUAUUCAUGAUGUCACACUUUUAGGUGGCGCUGCACCUCUUUAAUUAAUUAACUUUAAAUCUUCGCCAUCACAGCACGGGCCCAUAUAUGCUCAUCGUCCUCAAGGGAACCCGGCAGACACCCCGUCCCUCCACCACAAAAGAGUCUUGCACAGCAAUGGACAUCUAUAGAAUUUUCCCCAUAGAUGGCACUGUUUGCCCUUAAUUUGCCCACUGAAAAUUUUUUUUGGUUUGACCAAACCAUAUGGUACUGGUCGAACCAAAAAAUUUUUUCAGUGGGCAAAUCAAGGGCAAACUGCGCCAUUUAAGGGAAAUUUCUAUAACUUGAAGCCCUUAAGAGUUGAUUCCCGGGAGACAACUCCCAGUAUCGUGUUAGGCACUUGCCGUCUUGGGGGUCUGUGAGGAGUCUUAUCGCUCUAACCACCGACCUUGGCUGACCGUGACUUUCCAAGGAUCGCCGGGAGUAAGCCCUUAUCCCAGGGAUUUGCUCGGGGAAGCACACGCCCGAUAUACACCAAGGAUGCCGGACCUGUUUCUCAGCUUGGUUUCCCGACCUGGGUGUUUCCUGAAAGGUGUUGAGAAAAUCGCUCUAAGAGGUCGGAUUGUUCUCCUCUCCUCCACAUUAAUCUAUAUAGCUUCACCUCUUAAUAUAGAAAAUUGGGUACUUUGUAGAUCAGUGGUGUCUGGCAGAAUGGUUAACACCUAUUCAAAAACUGAUAAAAUUUUAUCUCUUUUGUAUACAUUUUCUAUAUUUGAAAAACCUAUAGGAAACUAUGAAAUUCCUAUUGAAAAUUUUGAAAAUUAUAAUGUUACUGAUUUAGCGUCUGGGCAUACAAAAUAUAGAGAAGUUUUAGAUAGGAUUUUAGCUUUAAUUAAACAUAAUGCAUAA